AUGACGCGGCUAGCACUCGCCACGCUGCGCCUGCUGGCGGGCGCCGCGCUGCUGGCGCUCGCGCUCGCGGAAGAAUACUGCAACACCGCCACCAUCGGACCUAGGACUGGCAAGGCGGUGACGAGGGAGCCACGCAAAAUCGUACCCGACGUGUUAACCUUCGAGAUAAGCGAGCCUGACGGAUGCCCAGAUUCAAAUCCAACGGGGCUGAUAGUGACAGCAUGUGACGAGGACCUGGGGCCGCAGGUGUACCUCCUGGACACGGCGCGGGGGCUAGUGAUCCGCGAGAGCAGUCUUCAACAAACGGCCCAUGUUUAUGUAACGUUAUAUUGCCCCUACGAUUUUGAAUCCGCUGAAACAUCUAUUAAGAUAUCUGAAUCACAAACUCUAACACCUCGUUUGACACCGUCAUCGCCACAAUCACAGCUUCAACUAACUUCGCCGUCAUCUUCACUGCCUCCAUUGCAACCUUGGGUUGAUCCUGCUUCUGGAUCUUCGACUUCUACUGAAAGCUCUCAAGUAAUAUCUGAUUCUCCGCAAGCGGAGUCCUUACCUCCAAUUCAAAUGGAAUCAAGAUUUUCGUCAGUACCUAAAAGUGCGUCUAAUGCAAAAUUCGAAUUCCUGUCGUCGCUGCCUGUGAGUUUGCCAUCCAGGUGGAAGGAAAAUGAAUCUCAUCCUUCUGCUUGGAUGAAACCUGCUAAUUACCCAUCGUUAGUAAAGCGCUUAUCGGGUUCACUACCAGAGGCACCGAUAAUGUUGGCUAAUCGAACGCCAUCUUGGCUAAAACGCCCUAUGAAAGGACCAUCGUCCCCUUGGUUAAAGCUUCGUUCUAGCUUAGGUGCGCCUAAGAGAAGGUCUUUAUCGAUUUCCCGUCCCCAUACACUAAGUCGCUUUUAUGAAAAUGAUUAUCCAUGGUCAGAUUACGAAGAUGACACAAUGUCGUUGCAUUGGUUAGAUGAACACGCAGGAGAUGAUGGAUGGUGGCCAGAUGCAGCAAAUAAUGGGCUACAUCGACCAAAAAAUUUACCUUCACAUAGAUGGAAACAAGAUGAAUCACCAGAGUCAUCAUUACCAGAACGAACGUCUGCUUUGCCUAUAAGGCAUCCUCCAAAUUACCCCUCGCCCACUCACAAAGAAGACCCACCGCUAUUGUCUGAAUGGAAAGAUAAACCGUCGCCGUUAAUACCAAUUUCAAAAAUACCAGGUUCUAAGCUUCCUAAACUUUUACUAUUGCUGCAAGAGCCUGACCACACUGAUCAUCCUGUAUCAAGACAGAAAUGCACAUCAGCUCAUUCUGUAGAGGACACUGAACCCUGGUGGCCAAACUAUCCUCAAACUGAUGACGGUAUUCCCUGGCAGCCGGAAUAUCCAUCUGAUUAUUCUGCUGAUGACGGCGACACGUGGCCAAUGGGGCGCCAUACCCACGAAGAUACAUGGGCCAGACAUGUUCCUAUUCACAACGAUCAAGAAGAACAUUUUAAUCAUCCCCAGUUCCAUCAAAACAAUCCCAUAAAGCAGAAGCAAACCUCUUCAAAUCCACCAUCAGAUCAGUUAGGCUGUGCUCAAUGUCCGCCUGAUAAUUAUAUGGAUUAUGGAAAUCAAUUAAAGGUACGAAUCUCUCCUAAAGAAAUGCAUCCGCCGGAGCAGCACAGUUUCAAGGGGCCGGCCAUGUUCACCGAGCGGCCGAUACUGUCGUCCACCGUGCGCAACUCCGUCAAGUGGAAGAAGUCCAAGCCGGUGCCGAGCCGGCCGGUGGCGCCGAGCCGGCCGCCGGCGCAGAGCCACUCGUUCGAGCCGGACCCGCCGACGUCCGCCUCGCCCUGGGGCUUCUUGUCCCGGCUGCUGCUCUCACACCCGACCUUCCGGGAAUCCACGCAUGUCAUACGGAUAUAGAAUCAAGCGGAAAUUAUUUAAUCCGAGUAUAAUAUUACACCUUGAUUUAUGUAUAAAUAAGAACGAGUACAUUUAAAUGUCUUGCCAAAUUAAGGAUUUUAUGAUUUAUUGUAUAUCAUCGUGUUUCAAUAAAUAGAUAUUGAAAUAAUACCUACCCGAGUUUAAUUUUAGGUUCAAGAUAAAAUGCGAAUUUGGACAUAAUGAUUAGUUUAUAAUAAAUUACUUCAUUUUGUGCUACUUGAUGUCUAUGGAUUUGCUAAAGCGAAAUACUUAAUGUUUCUUUCUGCAAUUUUGUUACAAGGGUAUCAUUUGUAGGAAAUGUUGGGAGUCGGAAACUUCACCUGCAAGACCCAGACGCUUUAAAAUCGGCUCUCUUCGAUUACGUCUAUGUUUGACUGCACUUUUAUCGAGUAUAAAUUGG